AUGGCGUCCCUCGAUUUUGAUGAGGGACUUCUUAGUAGGUCUGGAGGAAAAGAUUGCAUUAUUGUUGUGUGGUUGACAAAUUCUCUAACCACACAUUCGGUACAGAACACAAUCCUCGACGCGGCGGACGAAUGGCUGAGGGCCGCCGGCGACGAGGCCAACGAUAGGUGCAUGGAGAGGGUGCUCGUCGUCGGGCUGUGGUGCGCGCACCCUGACCAGAACGAACGGUCGUCCAUCGCACAGGCCAUGCACGUCCUGCAGUCAGAGGACGCCAGGCUUCCGGAGCUCACGCCUCAGAUGUACAGGACGGUGUCGGAGUUUGCCGUCACUGGACGUGCUAUCGGCGCCUUGUCCGUUCAGAGCUCCUCUUCUGCGACCACGGCGACAACCCGUGGCCACUCCAAGGUCUCUUCCGAGUCAGCAACCUCUGCCUUGCUUCGAGAUUCAAAAGAGUUGGGUUGA